GAGGCGGCGGAGGUUCUCAGUACUGCGACUUCAGAGAGGCCUUGGGAAGAGGCGCGUCGUGGUGGGGCGGGCCUGAGGAAACGCGCCGGGGUCCGGUGGCCCUAUCAGUGCCUCCUGGCCGUCCCCGCCCCUUCCCCACCGUCGCAGCGACCGCUUAGGAUGCAGACCUCAGAGCGAGAGGGGUGUGGGCCAGAGGUGAGCCCCAGCAUGGUCCCCGAGGCUCCCCUGGAGUCUCCAACUGCUCCUGCCAAGUCCCCGGCGUUUGAUCUUUUCAACUUGGUUCUGUCCUACAAGAGGCUGGAGAUCUACCUGGAACCUCUGAAGGAUGCAGGUGAUGGUGUCCGGUAUUUGCUCAGGUGGCAGACACCAUUGUGUUCCUUGCUGACCUGCCUGGGCCUCAACAUCUUGUUCCUCACCUUGAAUGAGGGUGCAUGGUACUCAGUGGGUGCCCUGAUGAUUUCCGUGCCCGCCCUGCUGGGCUACCUUCAGGAAGUCUGCCGGGCACGGCUGCCCGAGUCUGAGCUGAUGCGGAGGAAGUAUCAUAGCGUGAGGCAGGAGGACCUUCAGAGAGUUCGCCUGUCUCGCCCCGAGGCCGUAGCUGAGGUGAAGAGCUUCUUGAUCCAGCUGGAGGCCUUCCUGAGCCGCCUGUGCUGCACUUGUGAAGCCGUCUACCGCGUGCUGCACUGGGAGAACCCCACCGUGUCCUCACAGUUCUAUGGGGCUCUUCUGGGCACGGUUUGCAUGCUGUAUCUGCUGCCGCUGUGCUGGGUCCUUGCCCUUUUAAACAGCACACUCUUUCUGGGAAAUGUGGAGUUCUUCCGAGUGGUGUCUGAGUAUAGGGCAUCUCUGCAGCGGCGGAUGAACCCCAAGCAGGAAGAGAGUGCCUUUGAGAGCCCGCCACCGUCGGAUGCCGGGGGGAAGGGCGCUCUGCCGGACUGCACACCUGCACCUGCACCCACGCCCACAGAGGACCUCACGCCAGGCAGUGUGGAGGAGGCUGAGGAGGCCGAGCCUGACGAGGAGUUUAAAGAUGCAAUUGAGGAGGAUGACGAGGGGGCCCCGUGCCCGGCAGAGGAUGAGCUGGCCCUGCAGGACAACGGGUUCCUGAGCAAGAACGAGGUGCUGCGCAACAAGGUGUCGAGGCUCACGGAGCGGCUUCGCAAGCGGUACCCGACCAACAACAUCGGGAGCUGUACGGGCUGCUCGGCCACCUUCUCAGUGCUGAAGAAGAGGCGGAACUGCAGUAACUGUGGAAACAGCUUCUGCUCUCGGUGCUGCUCCUUCAAGGUACCCAGGUCCUCCAUGGGGGCCACAGUAACAUACGCUUAUUCUAGAAGAUUUGGGAAUUACAGAAGAAGAAGGAAGAGAAAAAUAAUCUUGUAAUCUUACCACCCAGAGAUAAUAACCACUGUUAAAACAUUCUGGAAAAUUUUUUUCUGGUAUUUUAUUUAAAAAACAUUUUUAAAGGUAUUCUUUUGGUGCUAAAAUAAUUUCUAAUGCAUAGAACAUCUGGGUGAGGCCUGCUGUUGGUAUGGUCACCCCCAAAGCCCCCAGUUCCCAUGGAAAGAGAAUUCUCUGAGGGCAGGCUGGUGAGCUGGGACAGCGAGCUUGUAGGCUGGGCGAUGGGUGGUCUGUGUGGGGAUUCGGGGAGUGGGGAGGAGGUUCUAGUGUUUGGGGCCAUGAGCCAGAGGGCACGAGGAAGCGUCUCACCAAGUUCUUCCUCCUUUUCAGCCCCUGAAGCCCAGAGAGAGACUGUGUUUGUGUGUGCCUCGUGUAACCAGACUUUGAGCAAGUGAGAAGAGGGCCCAGGGUCCAAGUGGGCGCCUGUCCCUGGGGCCAGCAGUAGACCCCGCUCUCCCCACCCUUAGCCCCAUGUGGCAUGUGCUGGGCAAAUGUGGCCUGAAUGCUAGGUAGGCUUCCCCUUCCUGCCCUUGCUGACUCCAGCCAGGUUCUGGAGCUGUUCUCCACUCCUACGGAUGGCCAGUAGUGGUUGCUCUCAAACAAGGACUGGAGUGUUUGCCCUGCUCUGCUCUGGGCUGUUAGUGGACUCAGGGUUAGGCAGGGAAUGUAAGUUAGAGGGCAGCAGUGAUCCAGGCCUGGUCUCACCUGGGAUCAGGGUGUCCCUGCAGGCCUGGGAAUUCUAGAAGACUGGAGGUCAGAGAUUGGGAAAAGAGAUUCUUCCCCUGCUGGAUAUUGGGCCAAGCCCUUGCCCUUUGAGAGCCUGCAGAGGGCUUGCACAUGUCCCAAUUCUGUUCGAAUGUCCCUUCAGGCAUCAGGACCUCAUCAUUUCCCCACCAGAGGGUGUGGUGAGGGCUAUCAAGACCAAAAGUACUUCUAGAAACAGGGUUGAAGUUCCCAAAUUCCCCCAGAGGAGGACGUGUCUAGGAGGGCCUGGUAGAAUCCUUCAGUGUUAAGCAGAGCAAAACGGGCACCCCAGCAGCUCAGAGGGCCUCAGCCCCACCUUGCAGGGACCUUGACUUACAGAAUCUCAGCCCACAUGUUAUUCUGGUCUUUUCAGCUCUGCCCGGUAGAUGCUGGGCACUCAGAUCACUCCUGCUUCCUGUGUUCAGAGCCUUGGGCACCCCUUCUCUGGCCUAGAGCUACAAUUCCCCUCCCUGGCCCCUUGUCCCAUGGAGUGUGAGACCAGGAAGCAGAGCAGAGGUCCUGAAGCCCUCAACCUUUGGGGGCCUGAGAAGUGUAGGAUCUCGCUGGGCUGGGUCUCAGAUUCCAGGGCUGUUCUCCAGCAGGACAGCAGUUAUGGGAUAAGGCCACUUGGGGUCCCUAUCCCCUCUCCAACAAUUUCACAUUCACUCUGGGCUUCUAGGGGCACAGUGUCUCUCCCGAAGCCAUGAGCAGGCUCAGGCACCCCUUCCCUCCCCAGGAGCUUCCCUGCCUUUUUGAAGUAUUUAUUUAUUUAUUGCAUGGUUCCCGGGAACAUGUGGCACAAGGAAUGGGAUAAAGAGGACGGGGGCUUCUCCUACCCUAGGAUGCUUCCCUGAACUCAUGGGCUGCCUGGGACUCAGAACCCUGGGAGGCGGAGACGUUUCUAUACCCUAAGCAGGGACACAAGGUGGCAGGUUGGGGAGACAAGGAUCAUCCUAGGCCAGCUUUCCCUCCAGGCCAACCAGUCUAGGAGCCAGGGGACUUCUCCAGGCCAAGUGGGGCAAGUCCCUGGGGAACCAGGCGGGCUUUGGUAGACCCCUUUCCUUGGGAUCCUGUGGAGAUAUGAGAGUUAAGGGUCCCCCUUCCUCGGGUCCUGUGGAGAGAUGAGAGUUAAGUGCUUGUGCUUUACUUACACUGGAGAGGAACUAAAAGGAUGUCUGUGUAUAUGGAGAAUUGUCAAUAAAAAGGCCUCAAGCUUCCUA